CUUUUCUGCCACUCUUUCUCCUUCCUUACACUCGUCGGAUACUACCAGUGUGGUUUCGUUCGCCUGUCUGCCAUACGUGACUUGACCGGCGUCAUGAGAUGAUGUUUUCUGCAUUCUAAGUUGUGGCUACUUUUCUCCCAUCCUCCCCUUGACGAGUGAGCCUUGUCACAAUGCAACUCCCACGUCUUUUACAAAACAGUGUUGCAGGGGGACUGCUAUGUGCGGCUUUGUUCACGCCACUGACAGGGGCAUCGCCCUCUAUCAAUGUCGCUCUCGAGACAUCCUUUUCUGCCGCGCCGUACCUGGUUGAGCUGCUGGAGACAGCAGCUCUCGAGAAUUCCUCCUCAUACUUUCCCCUCCUCGAUCGCAUAGCGGAUGGCGCAUUUGUCGAUUUACAAACGGAGAAAGAGCUGUACAAUAAGUUUAUAGAAGUGUUGCAACAAGAUGGUCACCUUUCCAACCCUGAAUCUCUAUCCUCCUUCAAAUUCGCACUGGCCCUCCAUGCUGCGGCUCCGCGGGUCGAGGCCCAUUUCCAAUACUACAAUCAUUCGGUCCAACCACAUCUGAUGGCUGCGCAGGACGCCGCCUGUCCGGUAUGGGUUUAUCUAGAUGGCCAGCAAUACUGCUCGCCUGCACUCGAUCGUGCCCAACAACCCGUGUCUAUGCCAGAAGCAGAAGGAGAACUGCCCUUUGACCGGGUUCUGGGGUCCGACGUCGACGGACCUCAUUCUAUUCUCUAUGCCGACAUCACCCAUCCGUUGUUCGGUCAAUUCCACUCUAUCGUCAGCCAAACGGCCCGUGAAGGGCGGUCGACGUAUAGACUGAGGUACCGACCCUCGACGCUAUCAGCCAGGAAGCCCUUGUAUGUCAGCGGCUACGGCGUAGAGUUGGUCCUCAAGCGCACGGAUUACAUUGUCAUUGAUGAUCGAGAUGCCCAGAAGUCCGAAGCAUCCAAACCCGAGCAGAUAUCUUUACAGCAAGCUCAGGAUGACGACCUGACAGAUUUGAAGCCAUUGACUAGCUCCGAGGUUGUCAGCCUGAGCGUGAACGCUGCUAGUCUUAUAGCUUCCAGCCCCGACCCUUUGGAAAGACUGCUUCAGAUCACUUGUGAUUUUCCUCGAUACUCUUCUGUCCUUGCUUCUACCAACGCUAGCAAAGAGUUCCUCGCAGAGCACAGGGCCAACCGUGAGCAAUUCUUACCCUCCGGAUACAAUGUCUUCUGGAUCAAUGGCGUUCAAAUUGAAGCGCGGCAUAUCAACGCAUACUCCCUUCUCGAACAUCUGCGACGGGAACGGCGUAUUAUUGGCGAUCUGCAGAAGAUCGGGUUGGCUCCAUCUGAGGCCGUUAGCCUGAUGUCGAGCGAGGUCAUCGCUGAAACACAGGCCAAUGAGUCUCCCCAGCGGUUCGACUGGCGGGACGACCUUGAGGAGAACAAGGUGUUGAUGUGGUUGAAUGAUCUCGAGCAAGACAAACGCUACGCUGGCUGGCCUUCAAGUCUACGAGCCUUAUUUGCACGCGUCUAUCCAGGCCAGCUUCCUCAGGUCGCUCGUGACAUUCACAAUUUGGUCGUUCCCAUUGAUAUGACUGAUGUCAAAGACAUUGAGCUUGUUACCACGGCUCUCCAGAACUUGGUCAAAAGAUCGGUUCCAAUCAGGGUUGCCUUGGUGCCGACAGGUACCGGCGCCGUUGCUGACAUCUAUUCCAAAUUGUCAUACCACAUCCUGGAUACAUACGGUCUCGGCACGUUAAUGUCGUUCUUUACUGAGAUUGCGUCGAGCAAAAAGCUACCAGCAAGUCCUGAGAAGGCUUUUACGACCGCAAUCAAGGGCCGAUCUCUCCGCGAAGGCAAAGAGGUAACACCUUAUGAAGGGAUCUUGCAAGCCGAGCCCCUAGAUGCGAAGCUCAAAGCACGAGAUGCUUAUGUGAAGCGUUUAGCUCUUGGGAGUGCAAAUCGGCCUUUCGUUGUCAAUGGUGUUGUUUUGCCACGCAGUGAGAACUGGUUUGAAGUACUCAGCUCGAGAGUCUUUUCUGACCUGCAAUUGUUGCAACAAGCUAUCUAUGAGGGCGCCAUAGAAGAAGAAGGGUGGAUACCGGGGAUUCUCCUUUUCUCAGCUGCCGCACGCCGCAAUGAACUGGUCUUUCCAAGUGAUCCUAAAAACGUUGAGAUUGUGGACAUCAACCGUCUGACAAAUGACUUUGCAAACGAGUUUGCCGCCUUGCCGCGGAUCCUCGGCAAUGCUGCGACGCUUUUGAGUGACCGAGCUCAUGUCUUUGUGAUCGCUGAUCUAAGUACAGCUGCUGGUCGUGCCUUUCUUCAGCAAGCGCUGGACUUUUGGGAAGCUCAUCCUGAAGCCGAUCUCUUAAUUUUGCACAAUCCAUUGCCAGACUCGGAACUCCAUUCCGUAGCUUCUGGAUUGCACGCACUCACACAACAUGGCCGAGACCUCACAGUUGAGCAAGUACGAACCCUUCUGGAACAAGACACCAUUUUACCGGAAGGAGAGGAAGAAGCUGGCAGAUUCUGGGCUUCCUAUUGGGGCCUGCUGAACCAAGUAGGGCUUGAGAUGGGCCAGAAUGGUCUGUGGUUGAAUGGCCGUGUCAUUGCUCCAGUAGACGACUCGUUUAUGGCGACUGACUUCGAAUCGCUACUCGAAUACGAGCGCCGAGAACGGAUGGCUCCUGUGACUACUGCCAUCACCAGUCUGGGUCUCGAAGAACGAUUCGGUGACGCCCUGGAUCUUGCGAAAGUCACUUCCCUUGUGGCAAGGUCGCUCAAAUCUGAUCUUCCUGAAGGUCUCAGAGAGUCUGCACCGCUCAUCAGAAUGGAUCGUUUCAAAAUUUGGAAUGACACACACACGUCCUUCAAAAUAUCCAAUGGGGACAAUCCCACCAUACAAGUUGUUGCUGUGGUUGAUCCUGCCUCGGAGGUUGUACAGCAAUGGGUGCCCAUAUUGAAGACACUGUCUCAUCUCAGUGGAGUCAGCGUUAAGAUCUUUUUGAACCCGAAGGACAGGUUGGCCGAGCUUCCAGUAAAACGAUUUUACCGUCAGGUCGUCAGCUCAGAACCCACAUUCGAUUCUGAAGGGUCUCUGCAAGAGCCUACAGCGUCCUUCCAACGGAUACCCAGAGACAUUCUUUUCAAUCUUGGAAUGACCGUACCACCAUCAUGGCUUGUUGCACCGAAAGAGUGUACAUACGAUCUCGACAACAUCAAAUUGAGCAGCGUGGCUGACGGGGAUAACAUUGACGCAGUGUACGAGCUGGAGCAUAUCUUGAUCGAGGGACAUGCUCGGGACGUAACGACUGGUCCACCUCCACGUGGCGUACAACUCUUGCUUGGCACCGAACAAGAGCCUCACUUUACGGACACCAUCAUCAUGGCAAAUCUAGGCUAUUUCCAAUUCAAAGCGAACCCCGGCUUUUGGCAUAUCACAUUAAAGCCUGGAAGAUCUUCAAAGAUCUUCAGUAUUGACAGCGUAGGCCCACAAGGAUAUGCUGCCCAGCCCGACGACGAGACAACAUCGGUCGCACUGUUGUCAUUCCAAGGGGCAACCUUAUUCCCGCGACUAUCCCGGAAGCCUGGUAUGGAGGAUGAAGAUGUGUUAGAGGCUUCGGGUGGAGCAAUGGACUACUUGAACAAAGGCGCUUCGUUCGCUUCCUCGGCUCUUUCUUCCCUUGGCUUGAAGACGAAGUCCUCAAACAAUGCCGAUAUCAACAUCUUUUCAGUCGCAUCUGGCCAUCUCUACGAACGUAUGCUGAACAUCAUGAUGGUCUCCGUAAUGAAACAUACCAAGCAUACAGUCAAGUUUUGGUUCAUUGAACAGUUCUUGUCUCCAUCAUUCAAGUCGACCUUACCGGACAUGGCAGAACAUUAUGGUUUCGAUUAUGAGAUGGUUACUUACAAAUGGCCACACUGGCUGCGGGGACAAAAGGAGAAACAGCGUGAGAUCUGGGGAUACAAGAUUUUGUUCUUGGACGUGUUGUUCCCUCUGGACCUCGACAAAGUGAUCUUUGUGGACGCCGACCAGAUUGUUCGCACUGACAUGAUGGAGCUGAACAAAGUUGACCUCAAAGGUGCACCGUACGGGUUUACACCGAUGUGCGACUCCCGUACGGAAAUGGAAGGGUUCCGAUUCUGGAAACAAGGUUACUGGGAGACCUAUCUCCGGGGCAAGCCAUAUCACAUCUCGGCUCUCUAUGUGGUCGAUCUGAAACGAUUCCGUCAACUCGCGGCUGGCGAUCGGCUACGACAACAGUACCAGGCUCUGUCGUCGGACCCGAACAGCCUGAGUAACUUGGACCAGGAUCUACCAAAUCACAUGCAGCACGUCCUGCCCAUACACAGUCUCAGCCAAGAGUGGCUGUGGUGCGAGACGUGGUGUAGUGACGAGAGCCUCGGCGUGGCCAAGACAAUUGAUCUUUGUAACAAUCCUCUGACGAAGGAGCCCAAGCUCGACAGGGCAAGAAGGCAGGUUCCCGAAUGGACGGAAUACGACGAGGAGAUUGCUAGUGUGUUGAAGGAGGCUGCGGGGAAGAGGAGCAGCCGUCAGUUGCCGGAAGUGGAUGAGGUUGCUGGAAAAAAAGAAGAUAUUGUGGCUGCUGAUGAUGAAAGAAAGAGGGAUGAAUUAUGAUUUUGUCAAAAAGCUAGAGAGGGACACAAAAGAGAAAAGAGCAAAACUAAAUUUUGAUAACUUGGGUGCUUAUACUGUGUAUACUACCACGUGAAAGAGACACAAUUUAGAUAUAGACUCUGUAACAACAGC